GGCCAUGGAAUCCCCACUAUAAUAACGCUCCCGAACCGUCUCUCUCCUCUCACUUGAUUCUUAUCCUCCCACACUCUUGACUUCACAAGGAGGAGGAGAUGGAGGAAACAGUGGAAGCCUUUCGGUCUCUGUUCUCCAUCGUCUUCCUCUCCUUCGCCGCCGCCUUCUUCCUCCUCGCGCUGGUGCUCAAGGCGAUGAGGUCCAUGCCCUGGUGGUGCAGUUGCCCCGUGUGCGAGGCGUACGUGACCAAGUCGUGGACCGCCCACUUCGACAACCUCUGCGACUGGUACGCGCACCUCCUCCGGGAGUCGCCCACGCGCACCAUCCACAUCCACGUGCUCGGGAACACCGUCACGGCCAACCCCGACAACGUCGAUCACAUGCUUCGUGCCCGCUUCGACAACUACCCCAAGGGGAAAACCUUCUCCGCCAUCCUCGGCGACCUCCUCGGCCGCGGCAUCUUCAACGUCGACGGCCAUCUCUGGCGCUUCCAGCGCAAGAUGGCCGGCGCCGAGCUCGGCAGCAGCGCCGUCCGCUUCUUCGCCUCUUGCAUCGUGGCCGACGAGGUCCGCGGUCGCUUCCUCCCCCUCCUCGACGUCUCCAGCGCGGACGAUAAGAUCCUCGACCUGCAGGACGUGUUCCGGAGGUUCGCGUUCGAUAACAUAUGUAAGAUCUCGUUCGGGAUCGACCCUGGCUGCCUGGAGCUGUCGCUGCCUAUGUCCGAGUUCGCGGCGGCCUUCGACAAGGCCUCCAGGCUAUCGGCCUCGCGGGCGACCUCGACGAUGCCCAUGGUAUGGAAAGCCAAGCGGCUUCUCAACAGGGGAUCGGAAAGGGAGCUUCGGGAGGCGAUCGGCAUGGUGAACCUCCUCGCGAACGAGCUCAUUCGCCAGCGACGGAAGCUCGGUUUCUCUUCGAACCACGAUCUCCUCUCUCGAUUCAUGGCCUGCGUCGAUGACGAAAAGUACCUGCGAGACAUCCUAAUUAGCUUCAUGCUGGCCGGACGCGACACGGUGGCUUCGGCCCUGACUUGCUUCUUCCUCCUGCUGUCUCGCCACCCGGACGUCCGUUCCGCCAUACGCGACGAGAUCGACCGCGUCGUAGAAUGCGGCGCGGCGACCGCCGGCUACGAUCGCUUGCGAGACCUGCACUAUCUGCAUGCGGCCAUCUACGAGAGCAUGCGGCUGUACCCGCCGGUGCAGUUCGAUUCCAAGUUCUGCCUCGAGGACGACGUGCUGCCCGACGGAACCUUCGUCAGCAAGGGGACGCGGGUCACGUACCACGCCUACGCCAUGGGGAGGAUGGAAGAGCUGUGGGGGAGCGAUUGCCACGAGUUCCGACCGCAGCGGUGGCUGACCAACGGAGCGUUCACGCCCGAGAGCCCCUACAAGUACCCGGUGUUCCAAGGCGGCCUCCGGGUGUGCCUCGGCAAGGACAUGGCGCUGAUGGAGAUGAAGACGGUGAUCGUGGCGGUGGUCCGGCGGUUCGACAUCCACGUCGUAGACGACGGCAGCAGCCUGCCGCCCAAGUUUGCGCCCGGCCUCACCGCCUCACUGGAGGGCGGCCUUCCGGUCCGAGUUCAGCGGAGGGAUACGAGCUUCCCUACGCAACAGCUCGGCGCAUGUUCGGCGCAGUGCAGCUCGAUCUUCUAAGGAGCUCCGGAUCAGAGUCCCUUCCUUUUGCUCAUCAUCCUCUGUACAGAAUCAGUCAAGCCAUACACCGUUACUCGUGCUCCUGUAUCGGGAUUUGGGGAAGAUAUGUUAUGAUUAUGAUUCAUCACAGGGAGUACGUGGGCAUGAAAUGGCAUCGAUCGUUGCUGUUCUUCGUCCGUGUAUGACCUCCAAAUCCACACACACGCACACACAGGUGGACUCGAUGUAACCUGAGGUGGGAACUACGUACUCUGUGCUUCGGUUGCAGGGCCGUAGCGUUGUUGUACACGACAUGAAGCACACGUCUGCGACGGCCAAGGUCAAGGGGUCCGACGAUUUGGAGGAAGCAGAGUCUAUUAGGAAAAUGUUCUUCCGUAUGUUCAUCUUGAUCAGUGUUUGAACCUCUCAA